AUGAGGUUGCUCAAUGUUCACACCUUCCAGCUGGUGGAGUUUCUGGGAAAGAAGCCGGAGUACGCCAUCCUAUCCCACACCUGGGAGAAGAGAGAGAUCCUCUUUGAACACAUGACCCAACCCACGAAGAGCUUGAAGAAGAGGGAUGGGUGGGAUAAAGUCAGCAAUUGCUGUAAACAGGCUAGAACGGAUGGUCUAGGAUACGUUUGGAUCGACACUUGCUGCAUCGAUAAGAGCAGCAGCGCGGAGCUAUCAGAGGCCAUCAACUCCAUGUUUGCGUGGUACGCAUCGGCGGAAAUAUGCUAUACGUACCUGAGCGACUUGGAACUACCAGAGGAUCGCUCCAACUACGACCUGGAAGCCUCCUUGAGGACAUGCCGAUGGUUCACAAGGGGCUUUACAUUGCAGGAGCUUAUCGCUCCAUGUCAGGUCUGGUUCUUCGAUAAAAACUGGAAUUAUGUUGGGAAAAGAGAUGAUGCCGACGAAAACGAUUGGCAGUGGAGUAUCAAGAGCCAACCGGUACACGAAAUGAUAUCAGCCAUCACCCAUAUCCCUGUACCCGUUCUGGGUCGUGGAUCAAAGCGGGAGCAACCAAUGGAAAGGCUUGAGGUAUUGAUGAGAGGCUUUUCUAUUUCACAACGCAUGAACUGGGCAGCAGGACGCAGCACCACCCGCGUCGAGGACGAAGCCUACUGUCUCCUGGGCCUGUUUUCGAUCCAUAUGCCCCUGCUGUACGGCGAGGGCAAAAAGGCAUUCCGCCGGUUGCAGGACGAAAUCAUGCGAGGCUCAAACGACCAGUCCAUUUUCGCCACCAAUGAGCAUACUCUUCUCGCGUCGUCGCCAGACGGGUUUAUUGACAGCCGCACUGGAAAAUCCUCUCCAGUCGAUUUGAUCUCACUACAACGGACCUGUCUCUCCUCUGGAAAUGUUGACGACUCGUUCGUAGACGCAGGUCCAAGCGUAAUAAGUAUGACCCUGUUCAUAUGCCCGUUGAAGAAUUGCAGCACUCGUUCGAUAUACCUUGGCUACCACGCCUCCACUGCCGUCUACCUCGGGAUAUUGAAUUGUGCUUUCCAGAAUGACAUUUACCGACGGCCCGUGAUCAUUCUGGAGAAGUUGAAUGGCCAAAGAACAUUCUUCCGGAAAACGAACGGUUAUUUGACCGGGAUGCCAAGCAUUUCGUGUGUGGAGAUGGAAGGCACACAACAAAUCUAUGACAAUGAGUGUCGUGCGGACGCCAGGCUAGAGAGGGUCAGCAUCAUCCACUCUUACGAAGCCUCCAUUCUCGAGUACACAAGUGUGGAUCAAUGUCCGAUUCUAUCAAUAAAGAUCCAUCUUGCAGACAAGUACAAGCUUCUGUCUUACUCCCCACCGCAGACAAGGCUGCAUCGAACCAAUGGACUCGUCGUCAUUCAACUACCAGGAUCAGGCAUUCCUCAAAUCGAGAACAACGGGAGACUUCGCGGUAUCGCUGUGGUGGAGACACCGCACGGUUCAAAUCUACUGGUGGGCUGGGGAGGUGUUGGAGCUGCUAUGUCCGAUGGAGAGUCUCAACAGCAAGGCUUUAUGGGUUGCCAGGCAGUAAAGAUGGCUCAAGGUCCUUUAAAUCUCGAAGAAGACUCCUUCCUUAGCUCCUACUUAACCAUGAUGAGUGAAAAUCAUGACUCUGACUUGCAGCUUACGCGUGGGCAAGAAAUAGGCGAUUCUGUGCGCUCCGGGGUCUGGAUUGAAGAAAAGGAGAUCCUCGGUCAUCGAGAUUGCGACCUCUAUAUUGGAUAUGAGCUCACCUCUGAUCAAAUUAGCCGUCUAUUCUCUAGCAUACAAUGA